CAUAAUUUUAUUUCAAUGUUCCAUGAUUUCUUCACGGCUUUCGGCAGCACUAAAAUAUAUGUACAAAAGAAAAACGAGGGUUAUGGACUGAUGGUGCACAGAGCCAUCAAGGAGAUAUGUAAAGCAAUUGGCAUAAAAGACCUGAGAGCAAAGGUUGAAGGUUCCCACAAUCUGCAACACAUUGUAAAGGCGUUCUUUAUUGGACUUUUGCAACAAAGAUCGCAUCAACAACUAGCAGAAGAGAAGAAAUUGCACCUCGUCGAAUUUAGAGCUGAGAACGAAUAUUUUCCCAAAGUUGUCGCAAGCCCCACUGUCGUUCGUACGAAAGAUGAAAUCGCGAAAGACGAGACAUUAGAUUUCAUACAAUACGUAAUGAACGAUAGGAUUAUAUUGAAGAAGAAGAAGUUCCCCCGAUUUUAUCAAACAAUGCCACAUUAUGAAGUGUUCCUCAAAAAAUACGAGAAGUAUCGGAAUCAUGAGAAGAUUCGCCUUGACCUGAAGGUGGAAUAUGGUGAUAUAAAAAGUUUUCUUACAGAUAAGUACCCAGAAGAAAAAAGUGAACAAGAGUCGUAGUAAAUUGAAGUUAUAAUGUUUUAGUGUUAAUAUAUCUUAAAGUAGGUGUUAAA